AUGAGCGAACCAGCAACAGAGGCGCCUACUCAGACUAAAGCUCCGGCUCAGGCGAAAGCUCCAGCCGAGUCUGAAAGCAAAGCACUCUCAAACAAAGAAUUGAAAGAGUUAAAGAAGAAAGAGAAGGCUGCCAAAAGAGCUGCUCAAAAAGAGGCAGCUGGUAUUUCUCCAGAACAACAGGAGCAAAUGGCACAGCAAAAGAUGGAAAAGAAGAAGCUGCUGGCCACAAACACCAAUCUUAAAAAGCAAUUGAGUCAGGCUGUCGUGAAAGAUCAAGACAUGAAAAUUCCAGCGCUUUUUAGCCAUUUGGAAACAAGAGAACAGCGUAAUGCUUCUUCUCCUACGGUGUCCCAUAUUGUUCAUCCUUCUAUUUUGACACUAAGCUUGCAUUUUGCUAACCACAAGAUUGUGGGUUCCACUGCUAGAUUGAGAAGCAUGUUGGAGGUGUUCAAGACCGUGAUCCAGGAUUACAAGACCCCUGAAAAUACGACAUUGACACGUCACUUGACGGGUCACCUUUCGCAUCAGAUUGAGUACUUGAAGAGCUCCAGGCCACUCAGCAUGUCUAUGGGUAAUGCCAUCAGGUGGUUGAAGCAGGAGAUUUCUCUUAUAUCAAUCGACACUCCAGAGAAGGAGGCCAAGGAAAUCUUGAGCGGGCGUAUCGACGAUUUCAUCAGGGAGAAGCUUGAUUUGUCCGACCAGCUCAUUGUGGAAAACGCCUCCCAGCAUAUCAGUAACGGUUCUACCGUGUUAACCUUCGGACACUCCGAGGUUUUGCUCAAAUUGUUCCAGUACUGCGCCUUGGAACAAGACAAAAGCUUCAAUUUGGUGAUUGUUGACUCCAGACCCUUGUUCGAAGGUAAGCGUUUACUCACGGAGUUGGUGGCUACAACAGUGCCAGACUCAUCUUCCAGAACCGAGACGGAUGCUGACUCCGAAAGCAGCUCCAUCAUUGCCAGACGCUCCGCCCCACAGCCUCCAAUCACGAAGCAGAAGAUCAAGGUUAACUACGUGCUUAUCAACCUGUUGCUGUCUACAAUCUUUGAAGAUGUUGACUGUGUUUUCUUGGGCGCCCAUGCCAUGCUUUCCAACGGUCACCUCUACUCGCGUGUGGGUACCGCCAUGGUGGCUAUGAUGGCUCACAGAAGAAACAUUCCUGUGUUGACUUGCUGUGAAUCGAUCAAGUUUUCCGAUAGGGUCCAAUUGGAUUCCGUCACCACAAACGAGUUGGCUGAUCCUGAAGAUUUAGUCAAGGACUCUAGCAGGAAGCAGCCACCUCAGCAAGGCUCCUUGGCAUUGGAGCAGUUCCUCAAAGAAGUGGAGCUGGCUGAACGUGAGAAGAAAACCAAGGCCGGUAAAAAAGAAAAAGAACCAGCCAAGGACAUUCUGCUGACUGACAAGUCACCACUUGCGGACUGGAAGUCUCUUCCAUCGCUUAAUCUUCUUAAUAUCAUGUAUGACUUGACGCCGCCUUCCUACAUAAACAAGGUUGUCACAGAGUUGGGUUCUUUACCACCGCUGUCUGUGCCUGUCAUUUUGAGAGAAUACAAAAGCGGAUAA